ACAAUAAAAAGUCAGUAUAAUUGUACACGGGUGUGAAUUGUUUUAAAAUACAUUUGGCAGCAUUAUGCAAACAUGAAAUCGCAACGCCAGUGUUGCUCCUAGCAAUUAACAAUUUAUGAGCAGUGCAACGUUGGCUAACUUUAGCAUAACGCAGCGUGGCCGUCCGCUGCUGGUGCACGAAGGCUACAGCUACAUAGGUAAUGGAGCGUUUGCGGACACAGUCAACUGGCGCUGCUCGAUGCACCGGAAAUCCAAGUGCAGGGCGAAGGCAAUUACCAUGAAGCAGGGUGGCCGGGAGUAUAUGAAGCUUUCGCAUCCUACGCACAACCAUCCACCCAAGGCGAAACAACGGCACGCUCGUCCCCUGCCAUACGUCAUUGAGCAGGCACCAUUCGAAGCACCGAUCGGUUUGAACGAUCCGAUCGACGAUAUGAUCAGCCUGUCCGAAGACGUCCCGAUGCUGGACUUUUUCUCCGCGAUAGAGGAUAUCUCCGGGGAGGGAACGAUCGAAUUUCAUUGAGAUGCUUUGAAACAGAUGCUUAAUUAUGUAUCAUUUCUGUACAUUUCAUUGAUGCAUUAGUGGUAUAAGGAGAUGUUAAUGAAUUAUUUAUGUUUCGCAAAAGCAGAGCUGAAGUGAAGUAAAUGAAAGUACUGAACUCGUUUUUGUCCAGUGUUGGUCACAUUAAA